GACCACCCAAUCCCUGGCCAUGGUCAGAAACCUAUAAAUCCUGGGAGGAAAAAUGAACUUUCUCUUUCCUUUCACCAAACCUCGAGCUUUGUCCGUGUCAUCUAUUCAGCGCCAGCGGCAACGAGAGCCCUAAAGUGGUAACUUAAAAAGCUGCUUAAGGAAAUCAGAUAAAUAUUUGCUAUUACCCUGAGCUGGAUCUGCUGACAUGGUAAUUACACCUUUUUAAGUUCUUUUUUUUAUGGUGUUUGCAUGUUUUUUUGACAGAUUGAAUCAUCGAUCGCCUGUAACAAUCCUGGAAAGUGUGGCUGUUUCUAUUGUGCAGUUUCUCCUCUCUAGGGUAAAAGAGAAAUUUUUACUCAUUUUUUUUGGCAAAAAGGCUAAUUUGUGAAUAAUGCCCCGAGGCUCCAAGAGUUUUGUUCUCUUUGUCUUCAAUCAAUUUUCCAUAUGCUGCUGCAAGUUUCAGUAGCUUUUUGAAGAGACUGUUCACUAUUAUUUAUGUAGUGCAAAACAAAAUGAAGGUUUGAAUUAAAAUAUUACUUCUCUUUUUCAUUUAGGACUGUCAGCUCUAUAGCACCUAAACUGGGAAUUUUUUUAAUACGAGUACAGGAAAGAAAAGUUUUCCAAGAAUUACUGACACACCAGGGCACUGUGGUAAUGACCUGCAGAGGGCUGAGGCAGACCCAUGUGUGUGCCUACCACAUAUGGAUGGGGGAAGAAGCCAGAGUCCCAUAUAAGUAAUUCCACAGGGUCUUUGGCUUCCCACACAGACCCAAAGAGACUCUCCAAAACCUCUUGUAUGAGCUGAAGAGCUUCUUGAGCAGAGUCCUUCAAAAAGGCCACAUCACAAACUGCAGUACCCAAGGCAAGCAUCCCGAGGCUGUGCUGUUCAAGGCGGGUGCUUACCUGGGUGAAGCCACAGCCACCUGUGCAAGCAUCAGCUGCAUCACCUUCUACUCCAAUUUCUCAUCCUGCAACGAACGUUAACUCUGCUGCAUGAGGAAAAUGUUCAAUUUCCGGCUGAAGUAUCUCACCUCUACUUCUCUUAGCCCUAUCUCUGCAGGGACAGUCCGCCUGGGACCCUGGGGCAACCCCUCAUCACCCAGCUCGCCAGCAGGUACACAAAACUGACAUCAAAUUAACCUAACAGGGAUUAAAACAUAUUUUAGAACGGCCUUUCCCCAGAGAAUGCAAGGGAACUCAGUUGGACGGCAGAAUUUAAAGGCUUUUUCCUCUCUCAGACCAGCCUCUCAAGAGCCUUUUCAAGCCAUGGAAGGCAGUCUCCUUCCUCUGAUGUCUUCAAGCCAGGGAGGGCUAUUCCCAGGUACAUUUCUGCCCUUUGAGAGGUAACAGCUGUAUCCCAGACUCAGAAAUAUAAGGCAUUUAAAAAUGCCAAAGGACUAAUUCAGUAGAAGUCCUCAUUCUGAAGAAUGAGGCACACAUCUGUGCUGAGGAUGGCACAGACCCAUCUGCUUUUUGGUGUGAAACUGAGAUCACAGAUGGCAAAAAAACCCAAAUAAAGUCCCCUCCUGCCAAAUUUAACCAAUGGAAUAACUGGGGGUCUCAAAUAAUGGAUUAUGAACAUAUUUUUGUUUUAAUUCUCUACCUUAAAAGCCAGAGUAGUAAACCCUGAACCUCAGUACUCUCGGCCCACAGCAGGCAGUUGGAACUACAUGACGUUUAAGGUCCCUUUCAAUCCAAAUCAUUCUGAGACUCUCUGACAGUCUAUUUACCUCCUGCAAUUACUUUGUUGCCCUUAAGCCAAUUUCCAGCAGAAAAAUUCCAGCAGUCCCCAACCCACAACCACGGUUACAGCUGGAUUGCAGCUUCCCAAGCUGAGGCAGCUUUGGUGGAACAUGUGACAUAUCCUAAAUUCCUCCUCUAUCAAGAAGGUGUGUGGUCCUGCAGGUAGCGCUGUUACAGGAAUAAAUUUUCCCACCAGCUGUUUUCUUCUUAGUAAGGGCAACAGUGGUGGUGUGUUUAUAUAUGGUGUUUACAUAUUUAUAUAUGUGUGUGUGUCUGGUUUGUUUUUUUUCCCGGGGCUGCUGUUUUCUAUUAAAAGGAACCUCACAAAGCUGUGCCAUUUCCUAAUUAAUAAUAGGAUAAUUAUUAUCUACACAGGCCAAGUGUAACUUAAAAAAAAAUAAUGAUCAGGCUGUGGCUAUUUUUUAACUCUCAAGGUCACUAGGUGCUGUUGGAGUAGGGGCUCCCUGUGCAGCCUCGCAGGACACACCGUCUGACUUCACUUCGAUCCCACACAGGGUCCUGUGCAGCCUGGUGCUGUCCUGGGGAAGGACAGAGGGACCCAGACAAGCUUGGGAAGUGGCUCAGGGGAAUCUCAUGAAAUUUAACAAGACUAAGUCCUGGUGCUGCACCUGGGUUGGGACAACCCCUGGGGUCAAUCCUGGCUGAGGGUGAGCAGACGGAGCAAUCCUGGGUGAAGGACUUGAGAGUGCUGGUGGAUGAGAGAUGGACCUGCCCCAUGCCAGAACCCUUCGUGCCCUGGGCUGAGACCCCAGCUUGGGCAGCAGGGAAGGGAGGAUUCUACCCCCCUGCCCCUGUGCUCCGGUGACACCUGUUAAAAAUGACUUUUAAAUUUUAGACAACUAAGUCAAAUUAA